AUGGCGCCCGACACAACCUCGAUACCGGGAUAUACCAUCUUUCAUGAAGACGAUUAUGGUUCGAGCUCUGCUGCCAGCCAGAUCACCGGCCGACAGCCGCACCCACUAGAUCAGUUGUCCAUCGAGGAAAUUCCCGUGGCCUCGAAACUAAUCCGAGACUACGUGUCUCCCAAGAAAGUCAAGUUCAACUGCAUCACCUUGCGAGAACCUCGCAAAAGCGAGUACUCCGCUCACCGAAGCGGACUGGGGCCGCGCCCUGAUCGCCGCGCAUUCGCCAUUGUGCUCGAAGUCGGCACCUGCCAUUGCGCAGAGGUAGUGGUGAAUCUGACCCAGGCAAAGGUUGAGGAAUGGAAAGAAGUCAGCGACGUUAUGCCUACCCUCACCCUGGAAGAUCUCGACAUCAUGGAACGCAUCUGCCGCGAGGAUCCCCGCGUGAUCCAGGCAUGCAAGCAGAUCGGCAUCACAGACAUGUCCAAGGUCUUCAUUGACGGCUGGGCGAUUGGUGUUGAUGAGCGCUGGGGAUUUGACCGCCGUCUGCAACAGGGUCUCGCCUACUACCGAGAGUCCGCCUUUGACAACCAAUAUGCCCAUCCACUCGACUUCUCCAUCGUGGCGGAUACCGAGACAGAAGAGAUUCUCAGCGUGGACAUCCGCACGGUCAACGGUGAACGCACUCCAAUUCCUCUUGAGGGCUCCAAUUAUUUGCCAGAGUUCAUCAGCGAUGGCUAUAAGCACGAUCGCCUGAAGCCUAUCAACAUCACCCAGCCACAGGGAGUUUCAUUCCGCAUGCGCGGCAACGAACUGUCUUGGGCGGGCUACAAAAUGCACAUUGGGUUCAACUACCGCGAGGGCAUCGUGAUUUCAGACGUCCGUAUCGACGACCCGUACCAGGAGCGAGAGCGAACACUGUUCAACCGAAUUAGCGUUGUGGAGAUGGUCGUUCCCUACGGCAGUCCUGAAGCACCUCAUCACAAGAAACAUGCGUUCGAUGUUGGCGAGUACGGCUCCGGACUCAUGACCAACUCCUUGAAGCUGGGCUGCGACUGCAAAGGCGCCAUCCACUACCUCGACGCUGUAGUCUCAACAGCAAAGGGCGAAGCGGCCAUGAUCAAGAAUGCAAUCUGCAUCCACGAAGAGGACAACGGUCUGCUGUACAAACACACCGACUACCGCGAUGGAACAGUGAUUUCUGCCCGGGACCGCAAGCUCAUUGUUUCUCAGAUCAUCACCGCUGCCAACUAUGAAUACGGCUUCUACCACACAUUCACGCUGGACGGCACGUACAAACUCGAAGUCAAGCUUACAGGCCAGCUAAACACAUACCCAAUGCAUGCCUCCGAGCAGGCUGCUCCGUGGGGAACAGAAGUGGCUCCUCGCAUCAACGCUCAAAACCACCAGCACAUUUUCUCGUUGCGUAUCGACCCGGAAGUCGACGGUCCCAACAACACAGUCAUCCAAUCCGACGCCCACGCAUCUGAUGAGCCAGUCGGUUCUCCAAACAACUAUUACGGAAACGCUUUCUACUCAAAGAAGACACCACUCCGCACCGCUCUCGAAGGAGCCGCCGACUACUGCCAUGAAACAAGCAGAUCUUGGGACAUUGUCAACCCCAACAUCAUCAACGAGAUCUGCCACAAGCCUGUCGGCUACAAGAUCGUCAACAACAACUGCCCGGGCCUCCUCCCCAAGCCGGGAAGCGUCGUCUGGAAACGUGCCGGAUUCGCGCGCAAGGCUCUCUGGGUUGUCCCGUACAGGGACUACGAACUCUACCCAGCCGGCGACUACGUGUGCCAAUCCGACGGGCGUGAGAACCACCCCGACAAUCAGACAGUAGUUGACUGGGCCGCGCGCAAUGAGUCGAUUGAGAACACCGAUAUUGUCUGCUACCUGCAGUUUGGAUUGACCCAUUUCCCGCGCAUGGAGGACUACCCCAUCAUGCCUGCGGAGCCCGUCAGCAUCAUGCUGCGUGCGUCUAAUUUCUUCGAGAAGAAUCCAGCCCUGUGGGUGCCUCCGUCUGCCAUUUGCGUUGAUACUGUUUCGCAGAAUGCGUUUGCUUCGUCCAAGUGCUGUGCCGGGUCGAAUGAGGGCUUGCGCGAUCAGUCUCGGCUGUAG